UCUUUGUACAUAUCGGCAUUCUCUCCCACUGGACAUCAUCCAAGCUGUUCGGACUCGGCCCGACUAACGAGUACGAGGCAUACAUAUCCGUUUAGGCUAAAGGCUGAUGGAUGAGGGGACCUCCAAUGCUCCGUCCUGACUGGCGGUAGACAGCUCGUAUCGGCUUCUUCCUUCCUCUCCUCCACAUCCUCUAAUCCAUCCAUCCUACAUUUCCUUCUCCCCUCGAUUCCCAAUUUCAUUCAGUAUCACCAUCCAGAGCAUCUGCCCAUUGCUAUUAACCACCGACAAUGACUAUCCAAACCGGACUCGACUACCUUCGCUCCCGCGGCUCCAUCGUCGACUGCGACACCAUGGACGAGGAAGUGGCCGAAGUCCUCGGUCCCUUCCAAGACUGCACCUCCAACCAGGCGAUCGCCUACAACGAGCUCAGGAAAUCCAAACAUGCCGAGCUCCUCAUGUCCGCUCUCACGAAGGCCCACUCCCUGAUCUCUGAAUACCCCGACUUAACCGUUAUAGAACUUGCCAUCGAGAUAGCGAUGGUUGCGCUCUCCCUAAGAAUGGUCCCUCAUAUCACCGGACGCAUCCACAUCCAAACAAACCCCUACUACUCCUACUCCACCGGAAAGACCAUCGCCAACGCUAUACGCCUAGUCAAGCUAGCCAGCAUCCUCUGCCCCUCCCACCCCCAAUCCCGCAUCUCUAUUAAAAUUCCCAGCACCUGGGAAGGUCUCAUGGCCUGCCAGUACCUCGAAAAAGCGGGGAUACGAACCCUCGCCACGACGCUCUUCACCCUCCCCCAAGCAAUGCUUGCAGCAGAAGUAGGCUGCACCUAUGUCGCACCGUACGUGAACCAGCUGAGAGUGCACUUCGAAGAAGACUUCAAAGACCCCUCCCCCGCCCUACCCCUCGUACCCCUCAUCCAAGAGUACUACACCCGCGAAAGUAUCAAGACCCAAGUCCUCCCCGCGAGCCUCACCUCCACCGAAGAGAUCUUCUUUCUGGCAGGUGCACACCACAUCACCAUCCCCCCCAAACUACUCGACGAACUCUCGAAGCCACUUGAGGAUGGAUUCUCCGCUGCAUCAUUAUUCAAGUCGCCGGGGUUUGACGACUUUGCAGGGACAAGGAAACCAACGUCAUUCGUGAAUGAUGAAUCUGGGUACCGGCUUGCAGUAGCGAGGGAUGCAAAGGGGAAGAGUGAGGAGAAACUUGCGCAGGCCGUGAAUAUUUUCUGCGACAUGCAGGACAAGCUGGUUUCGCUUUUCCAGCAGUCCAAAUAGUUCAUUAAUAGAAGGAGGAAGGGGGUUAUCCAAUACGUAGGAAAGUAUAUAAAUCUGGUAUUCGAAGAGAUACAGAAAUAUGGUAUGAAACUAUCUGCCUGAUAAAUAACAAGUUCGACUGCUCUACUACUCUACAUCGAAGCGAACAAGUCUAUCCUAAUAUCCA